CUUUGUGGCGUCAGAUUCUGGAAAGUUGGCGGCGGCACUGGAACCACAUAUAAAAGUUUUUGUGGGAAAGAAAGAUGGGAUCGUUGCAAGAGCCAUGGGUAUUGGAUAAUGUAGAUUCGAAGGGUUUGGUCCGCCAUGGCAAGACUUCAAUUAACAUGUCGUCGUCGUUGUUGCGGACAAAGUCGGACCUGCCGCUUGGUUCCAGGGUCCGAUGCCCAAUGCUUAGGCACUUCCUCGCCAAUCUUCAUGAGGUCGUUUUAGGCACUAAACUCUCUGUUAUCUUUCCUGUUGUUCCACUCGCCUUUGUUGCUCACUUCUAUGGGUUUGGAAGACCUUGGGUUUUUGCAUUAAGUUUACUUGGAGUUUCAGCAUUGGCUGAACGAAUCAGCUUCCUCACCGAGCAAAUUGCUUAUUACAUUGGCCCAACAGUGGGAGGGUUGGUGAAUGCAACCUGUGGCAAUGCUACUGAGCUGAUCAUAGCAAUUUUUGCACUAAGGCAAAACAAAAUAGAUAUGGUAAAGUAUUCCCUGCUGGGUUCAGUCCUAUCAAAUAUGCUUUUGGUUCUUGGGACCUCUCUCUUUUGUGGCGGUAUUGCUUACCUCAGAAAGGGACAAAAAUUCAACAGAAGACAAGCCGAAGUGAACUGUAUCUUACUGCUGCUUGCAUUACUGUGCCAUUCGCUGCCAUUGUUGUUCCGAAUGAGUGGGGCAUCCGCCGCUGACACAGCCGACCCAAUAAUGCAGUUGUCGAGAGCCAGCAGCGUUGUUAUGUUGAUUGCUUACAUUACAUACCUGGUCUUCCAACUAUUCACACACAGUCAAUUCUUUGAAGCUCAAGAGGAACCAAAAGAUGAAGAAGAUGGAGCAUUAGAACAAGGAGGAGGAGAAGGAGAGGAGGAAGAAGAAGAAGCAGUUAUUGGAUUUUGGAGCGCAUUUGUAUGGCUAGUUGUACUCACUGCUCUCGUCUCUCUGCUAUCUCAAUAUCUUGUAGAAACAAUUGAGGAUGCCUCGUAUUCAUGGGGAAUCUCUGUUAGCUUUAACAGUACGAUUUUGCUACCCAUUGUUGGAAAUGCAGCAGAACAUGCAGGAGCCAUCAUUUUUGCUUUUAAAGACAAGCUGGAUAUUUCUCUAGGUGUUGCAUUAGGAUCUGCAACUCAGAUUUCCAUGUUUGCAGUACCACUCUGCGUGAUUGCAGCUUGGAUUAUGGGUAUUGACAUGGAUCUUAACUUCAAUCUCCUUGAAACUGGCUGUCUCGCCCUAUCAAUUAUUGCUGUUGCCUUCACUUUACAAGAUGGUAAUUCUCACUACCUCAAAGGACUGAUUCUUAUACUGCUCUACAGUGUUAUUGGAGCUUGCUUUUUUGUAUCCAAAACACCUCUAACAACUUGACAUCACAAAACCAGCAACUAAUAUACCCAUUAAUCCAAUAUUCAGAGCUUGAGAAAGGUUUGCUGAAAUAUUAUGAAAUAUUGGGUGAAAGUUUCAAUAUGGAUGUCAUCAUAUACAUUCGUUAUUCUUUAUAUUAUGAUCUGAGCCUGCCGGGAAGGUGACAUUUCAGAGUUAAAAUGGAUUAUGUAUAUGUUGUAUAAAGGUUUAGAUCGGCAUACCAUUGAAAAGCUUGAUGAAUGCAAGCUACAGUUCGUAUACACCACACUCUUCUGUUUCUCUUUGUAAUGUUGCAGUUA